AUGCGCGUACCACUGGUCAGCAGCGACGAAACCGGCAAAGAGGGCGAGGAGGGUAGCCAUUUGCUCUUGCUUGCGGCACGGUUCGGAAAGGGAGCAGGUGUCGCGGGUACAUGUCGGAUGCUGCAAGACGAGUGUCAGAGUUUGGUUGCUAGGAGUGGAAGCAACGUCUUACUUGCUGAGAUUUCCUCUUGUCGUGGGCGCUCGUGCACAAUGAACAGCAGGAUGGUGGCAGCUAGCGUGUAG